AUGGAAAGCUGUUUGAAAUUGCUGCCACGUAAAAGCUACAACACGUUUGAUGUAGUAUCUGUAACUUUGUUUGUAUCCAUUGGUGGUGUUGUGAUUGGGUUCGCGAAUGAUAUUGAGUCGAAAGCGACGUUGCAAUGUUACCCAGACAAGAACCUCGCGAGCGAUAUAUCGGCAAGGAAACUCGAAACAGAGUGUCUUCUUAAAUAUGAGCAGGAAUUUUACCCUUCGUUGCCUAUUUACGUCCUGCUUUUGAUGAAUUUUGGACUUGUGCUUGUACUCAGUGUUAUCUAUGCUUUUUUGGUGAAAGAUCGUGUGGAAAUCUUCGUAAACCAUCCAAGUGCAACGACAAAUGGCGCCGAAGACGAAAGCCAGUUGGGUAUUUCACAAGCAGCAUCAGACCCUAUGGCGCAUCAAAGAUCUUGUCGUUGUUUUGUAUUCGCGGUGUACGUCUCCCACGUGAUUCUUUGUCGUAUAAUACUAUUGGUCGUAUUUGCAGCAUUGCUCUUAGAUUCGUCAAAUUUUCCAGUCCAAUUUCAGUGUCCUUGGCCAAUGAAAACCACAAGUAUGUCUCAUGGAAACUUUACGACAAGACCAAUUACAAACUUUUUAACUAUCGAUUGCAAUUAUCCCACAGGUAGCAAGAAUGAAAUAGUAGGUGUCAUCAGUAUAAUAGUCAAUUUUCUUUUUGGUACAGUGGCGUUGACCAGGCUUGCUUGUCUGAUGUGGUCAACAUGGAACGAUCGUAACCUUUGUACUGACUUUGAAUUUUGUUGUGUUUACCUUUUGGGAAAGCGUAAAACGAUCAGAAAGUUUUUGAGAGAGAUUAGGGAGAACAUAUCCAAGGACAUAUUUUAUUUGCAUGAUGAUUUUGGUGAGGAACGUUUCUCACGUCGAAAACUGGAAAAUAUGUAUAUCAAUAUCUUAAUUCAAGAGGGAAGGGAAAGUACUUGGACUUCCAGAAGAAUGUUUAAAAAUAGGCAUGAGUCAUACGAAGCGCAUUUAAAAGCACCAGUUGAUACAACUAUCCUGCAGGAAACAGCAGAUAUAUUUAAACCAACUGGUUUUCGCAAAGACCAUCCUAGAACUAUUCUUAUUGUGGGCAGGCCAGGCAUUGGCAAAACUCUCCUGACCAAAAUGUUAUUUUAUGAGUGGCAACAGCAAAAAUCUGAAUUCUGGCAUGGUAAACUAGUAAUUUUAAUUCGAUUUCGCAACUUUAACAAAGGGGAAACAAGUCUCCGAAAAAUGUUACGCUGUUCUGAUGGACACAAUAUGUCGUCAGCAUUCAAUUGUAUCUAUGAAUACAUUUGUUGGUUUCCAAGAAAUGUCAUCCUAAUUUUUGAUGGGUUGGACGAACUAAAAAUAAAUGACGAGACUUUAGCUGAAGAAAAGACUGUAAAUAGUCACGAUGAAGAUGCGCAUAUACUCCUAAUUUUUAAACAACUCGUGAAAGGCGAAUUAUUACCUGGAGUCACAGUGUUAACCACGUCUCGACCCACGGCAGAGUAUAUUUAUCGGCAAGACCUAGAAUUUGAUAGAGAAGUUGAGAUCUUAGGUUUUCACGAGGAACAAAUUAAAAGCUAUGUUGAAACAUUUUGCCGUAAUGACAAGCAGAAUUUAAGUUCAGAGAUUUGGAGCUUAAUCGAAGAAUCACCAGAGCUAUUAAGCUUAUGUUACAUACCUGUUAAUUCCUACAUAGUGUGUUUAACAUUAAAGGAAAGCAUUGAUGUUGAUGAACAAGGUGCUGAAGGUCAAAGAAAUGUCCCGAGAACAAUUACAGAGUUGUACAAAAGGGCUAUAAAGGUUUUACUGUUCAGGCACCAUUUGAAAUACAGGGGUAACCCACCCCCAAAGGGUUAUUUUACCGAAAAGCUUCCUGAACCGCUUCAAAUUGACUUGGACAAUUAA